AUGGGAAAGUGCCAGAACUGUUCAUCGGAGGAAUUCACAACUGACACGAUGCACGGAGCAGUGUACUGCAUGGUGUGUGGGAUGGUGCAGGAGGAGAGCGGGAUAGUUGCAGCAUUGAAUUUCAACACGGAAGGGUGCAAGGCAACGCUGAAUGGGCAGAUUAUUGACAUUCAGUCGCGAAAUGUUGGGACAGGAUUUGUUGAUCCAAGCUACUAUAUUAAGAACACUAUAAGUGGGAUAUGUGCGUCGCUUGGGCUUGGCGGAGAUCACAUUGAGUGCUCGUUCAGAUGGUACAAGCUGCUUCUGCAGCACAACUUGAGCAAGGGAAAGUCGAUACUGUACACGCUGAGUGCGUGCAUAUACAUUGUGUGCAGGCAGGAGGGGACGCCACACAUGCUGAUGGAUUUUUCGAAUGCGCUGCGCAUUGAUGUGUUUAAGAUAGGAAAGAGUUUCUUGAGGAUAACGAGCAUGCUGAACAUAGACAUACCAUUGAUUGAUCCGUCGCUGUACAUGCCACGAUUUGUGUCGCGCCUGAGGUUUGAAAGCAAAGAAGUGCUGAGCCUGUCGCUGAGGUUGAUCAGUAGGAUGAAAAGGGAUUGGAUAGUAGUUGGCAGAAGGCCGAACAACCUGUGUGGAGCAGCGCUGCUGGUGGCAUCGAGGAUAGUCGGGGAGGAGAGAAGUAUCUAUGAGAUUGCCAGGACGGUUCAUGUGUCUGUGAGCACAAUCAAUAGAAGGCUGAAGGAAAUCGGAGACACAGAGAGUGCAAAUCUUAGUAUUGAGGAGUUCAAUGCAACAUGGCUUGAGAAGGAAGAGGAUCCUCCGGCAGUUAAGAUGAUGAGAGUGAUGAUGGAGAAGGUGAAGGAGCUUGAGUCGAGAAGCAGUGAAAGCAUUCCUUACUCAACACCUCAGAGCAGUAUUGAUAGCGAAGGGUCGUAUGAUGAGGAUGAGAUUGAUAGAAACAUUCUUUCGCCUGAGGAAAGCAGGAAGAGGGAGAUAGUGUGGGAGGAGAUGUAUGGAGAGUUUAUGAGUGAAAGAGAAAAGAGAAUGAAGAGUGGGGUGAAGAAACAUAGAAAGAAGAGAAGGGUCGAGGAAUACGAUUCGAUUAUUGAUGCAUUCAGAAGUCUUGAAAAGAGGAUGUCUGGGAAGUUGAACUAUCAGGCAAUUGAAAGCAUUUUUGACAAUCUGUGA